UCCAUUCUUCCCCGCGGGAGGGGCUCUGGGCGAGGCUUUCGUGGCGUGUAGCCCCUCCUUCGCCCUCCUCUCCUCCCUCUUUCCCUCUCCAUCCAUCCAUCCAUCCAUCCAACCAUCCUUCCUUCCUUCCCACUUUCCUACCUUCCUUCCCUCCUUCCUUCCUUCCAGGCCUUUCCCCCGAUGCGUCCCGGCGAUGCUCCCCGCGUGGGGCGGCUCAGACCCCGUGAGGCCGAGCCCCCAAGAGGCCUCUUCUUCUCCCGACUCUGGAGGGGUGCCUCCCUGGACACCCCACUCGCGACCCCGACCAUGAAGGCCCAGCAGGAGGAGGACGAGGAGGAGGAAGAGGAAGGGGACGCCGGCAGCAGCGCACAGAGCCCCCCUUCGGCCCACGCUCAGCUCCGACCUGCUGGCCAGGAAGCCCUGAAACCUCCUCGGGUGACCAUGCUGAACGGGGAGACGAGCACUUCCUCGACCAAGAAUGUGGUCCGAAGCUCCAGCAUCAGCGGCGAGAUGUACAACAUUGAGAAGAGUAACGGGGGCAAUCCGGACUCGGCAAGCCUGUCGUCCACGAAAAAGCGGCGCUCCAGCUUGGGGGCCAAGAUGGUGGCGAUCGUGGGUCUGUCGCAGUGGAGCAAGAGCACAAUGCAACUCAACCAUCCUGAUGGAGGCCCCAAGAAGCUGCGCAGCAACAUCCGCCGCAGCACGGAGACCGGCAUCGCUGUGGAGAUGAGGAACCGUAUCACUCGGCAAGGCAGCCGGGAGUCCACCGACGGCAGCACCAACAGCAACAGCUCCGAGGGAACGUUUAUCUUCCCUACAACCAGACUGGGCGCUGAAAGCCAGUUCAGCGACUUCUUGGACGGCCUUGGACCAGCACAAAUUGUGGGGCGGCAGACACUAGCCACCCCUCCCAUGGGGGAUGUCCACCUGAGGAUGGUUGACAGGAACGGGCAGCUGGAGGUGGAGGUGAUAGAAGCCCGGAGCCUCACUCCGAAGAUGGGCUCCAAAACCAUUCCCGCCACCUACGUCAAGGUGUACUUGCUAGAAAACGGGGUUUGCCUGGCUAAGAAGAAAACCAAGACGACCAAGAAGACCUGCGACCCGCUCUACCAGCAGGCCCUGCUCUUUGACGAAGGCCCCCAGGGCAAAAUGCUGCAGGUGAUUGUCUGGGGCGACUACGGGCGCAUGGACCACAAGUGCUUCAUGGGGAUGGCCCAGAUCGUGCUUGAGGAGCUGGACCUCUCCACGGUGGUGAUGGGUUGGUACAAGCUCUUCCCCACCUCCUCUUUGGCAGACUCCACCAUCGGGCCCCUGACCCGCCGCCUCUCCCAGUCCUCGCUGGAGAGCUCAAUAAGCCCCUCGUGUCCUUAAGGAAGACCAGGAGGAGAGGAGACGCCCAGAAGAGCCGCCUGCUCCACCGCCGCUUUUGGUAGCAUGGUUUGUAAAUACUCCAUGUCUUUCCCUCCCACCGUCUUUCCCUCCUCUUUCUCCUUCUUCUCCACCUUCUCCGAGGAGAGAAAAUGGCACCCGAUGACGACAACUUUAGACGUCCCUCACUCCACAGAAGCUCCUGAAGAUAGUGGAGGGAGGCAUUUCGAAAGGGGAAGGAAAAAGGAACGUGAGGCAAAAAAGGAAGCGUGAUACAACUGACCGACUCCGAGUUUCUGAGACUGUUACAUCACCUUGAAACAUAUUGCCUUUGAAAAAGGAGUCACUUGUUUCUCAUCUAUCAAACAUAACCUCUUCUCCGAUGGGACUCAGUUAAUCUCGCUGCAAGUAGCAUGUUCACUGAAUAGGUUUCUUUCUUGCUCAGUAUUGUUUCGUUUCCAUAUCUCUGAUGGAGAAGGUCGAACUUUCCUCCUGGUUUGUUUUUUCCUCGGAAGAAAGGAAGGAAGGAAGGAAGAUUCCGUACUAUUAACCAUUUUUAAAGGGAAAUGUAGCAUCUUCGGGCAUUAUGUAGCUUGCCACAUAUUCACUGAUCUUUCUGCGAUAUUUGGGUCAACUUCUUCCUCCCAAAAAGGAAGCACAAAUGAGAUACUUCCUUUUACAAUUUUUUAAAGUGCGUGCAAGCGCUUUAGGGAGGAAGGGGAAGGGGAAGCGCUGCUACCGAAGCCGUAGCGAGGUGGAAACGAUCAACGGUGCAUUCGACAUGACUGUUACAUUUAAAGCACAUUGAGGUUCGCAUUUUGCUUUCUCGCCCUUUGAGCACUUUUAAUUUCUUCUCCUUUCUCCGACGGAGGCGUUAGACCAUUGUGUCUCUUACGGUCUUUGGGAGCAAUUGCUCGAGUCUCAUGGAGUCGGCAUAAGAAUGGGGCAGGGGUCCAGUUUGGGGCUUCUUUGGGUUUUGUGCAAGAAGAGACAAUCCAACUGGAUUGUGUCCUGUGCGUAGCCAGCGCUCUACGUUUGUGGCUUGGCUCUUUCUACAGGCAAAACGGCUAGAGCACUAGCAUUCAAACAGAUGUUGGAAAGUACAAGCAGAAACACAGGGGUUGUUGAAUGCACUUCUGCUAGUCCCCAAGGGAGAGCCAUAGGGCAGCAUAAUACCGUUUAUACUCAUGUAUAAGUCAACCUAAUGUAUACGUCGAGGAGAAGUUUGGGGAGCAAAAUGAUGGAUUUUGAUGCGAUCCAUGGAUAAGUUGAGGGUCAUUCUGUGGAAAGGGGAAAACACCAUUGCCAUCACAGAAGGCCAGAUCUGGGAAAAGGUUGAGGGUAAAAGGGCUGGUGCUUCUUUUUGGUUAUCUCAGGAUGGGCUAAGCUCUUGGCAUUCGCCACUUUGCUCAGAGAAGGUGAUGAUUCCUUUUUUGAAAAGAAUUAAGUUAUAAGGCUCAUGCUGACCCAGGGUUGAUUUGUUGACUCAACAUUUCUAGACUUAUACAUCAACAUAUACAGUAGUGUCCCAUGGCUUUCUUGCAAGGAGGGAGAAGUGUGCAAACUGCUUGAUUUACUAAAGGUUUUGAAUUUGACACCAUUUGGCUACAUGCAGGCAUCACGUUGCGUGUCGUACUGACCCGCCAAACACCCAGGAGGGUUGACUUUUCUCUCAAUCUGUAUUGGAUCGGGGUUGUGAGUGUUGUAUUCGUAUGUUUUUCAGUAGCAAUCUUGCUCUCCCAAAGGAGGGCCAGUUCCUGUAGCAAAACUGAGAAUUAAAGAAGCUUUUUAAUGAAGGUGCCUACAGAAAAAAAUGAUGAAAAUACUCAGGGGAGAUAUUAUUGGAAAUCCUUAUUAUACCACUGUCGUCAUUGUCGAAGUCUCACAUUGACUGUAUUGUAAGAGCUGUAGGAUCGCAAGACCACUGGUGGUCAGGGCAGGAGUGGAGCCAGGGUUUUUUCUGCACAACCCGCUUAGCUUGGAUGUCCCACUUUUUUGUCCAGCGGUGCUCAAACUGAGAUUGUUCCCAUUGCAUAAGCAUACAUAUCACAUCAAUGAAGCCAGUGAACUAAACUAGCAUAGGAUAAUCCUGUUGUCUCUGUCAAAAUGAAGCAAUGGAACAUUCUCAAGAAGAAGAACCAAUUGAUUUGGAGAGAAACCAAAACCAGGAUUGAUGCUUUUCCUCCAUUGUAAUGGAACUGGAAAUGAAAGGAAGUAUUAUUAUAGUAUUGUCGAAGGCUUUCAUGGCUGGAAUCACUAGGUUCUUGUGGGUUUUUUCGGGCUAUAUGGCCAUGUUCUAGAGACAUUUUUCUCCUGACGUUUCGCCUGCAUCUAUGGCAAGCAUCCUCAGAGGUAGUGAGUGAUGAUGGGAGAGGAGCCUGCCUGUGCCUUUAAGAUACACAAGCAACUGUGCAGAAGGGAACACCAUUUGGACAUCUUGAAGCUGUUCACCUUUUGUUUUGGACUUGUUAUUUCUGUUUCUACAGUAUUCAGUUAUUGGAUUUAUGGUUCCAUCAGAUCAGACCAUCUACUGUCCUCCAAAUCUUACAGUUCUCAAUUUCUCGCUUUCGUCCUGCUGUGUCCUUGGUCUCCGGCAUCUGAAAUGGUUUUCAUUUUCCUGCAGAAUAAGCAAUAUGUUGGUUUCCAAAUUUCCACCCAAGGCAAAAAUCUUCUCCAGUUAGUCUUCAGCUGCAACCCAGACAGAUGUACAAACCACAGAUGUGCAUUGCUGUGUGAGUCUGGUCACUUCCCAUGUUGACUGUUUCCCCACAUCUGGCUUCUGCAUCUUCACAUCUGAGCAUGAAUGAGUCCAAGAUGCCAUGCCCUGAUCUCAAAACGGAACUAGAAUUCAAGUGGGAACAAGAGGUAUCUGAUGUCAAACAGUCCAUGGUCAACAGACCAGAGCCCAGAAUCCAAAUCUACCAACUUCCUUGUGGCAAAUAAUAGAACAUCAAUGUUCUCCUGGGCACUUCAAUGGCUGUGCUGAGACUGCCUCCUGAAGACAUUGUGUAGGGAAGAACUGCUUUGGGAUUAAAGCAAGAAAGAACAAGGAGGUCUUGAGGGCCAUUGUGAGGGAAACAAUUUGGUGAGUCAAAACCAGAAGUCACUGCUUUGGGAUUAAAGCAAGAAAGAACAAGGAGGUCUUGAGGGUCAUUGUGAGGGAAACAAUUUGGUGAUUCAAAACCAGAAGUCACUGCUUUGGGAUUAAA